GCGCCGAUCUAACAUUUAGUUCUGAUAUUUUCAUUCAGUACAAAGGAGCGAGUCCCAAUUUAUUAUUUUGACGAUUAUGACUCUGGUCAUUAUUUGGGACGGGCGCUGAGAACAGAGGGCACCUGCUUUCCAGAGGAGGACGGCGGGAUGAUGAAGGCGCGACGGCAUCACUGCCACAGUCACCUUGCGCCGAAUAACACGGAGAGCCGAGACGCACGAGCAGUGAUGCACAGCGUCUGCAAAUAGCGCGCUUUCUCUCUAGCGCGCCACUCCAUCCGCUCGUUACCGAACCCACGGCGCUCUAAAGAGCCCGGAUGCGGCUCCCGUUUGCUCCGUUGCUCCAUUGUCCUAUUCAGCGGUGAGGAUUUGCGCCUCUGUAUCUGCGCGGUAGAGCCUUGCACCAGCACCACAUCGUUACAGGUGUUCCGCUGUUCUGCGAGAUUCGUGUGCUUUGUUUUCUCAACGGUUUCUUUGAACUGCUCUGUAGAUGCGUGUCUUGAAUAAGUACGAGCGGCGCUGGCCUCUUGGCAUUCUCCUCACUCCCAGCCCUGCUUCCCGGCAGUCAUGCCCAAGGUAGGUGGCAGAUAAUGCCCAGGGCGUCGCGAUGGGCCACCACGGCGACGAGAAGGACCGCGUUGUGAUCAACGUGGGCGGCAUCAAGCACCAGACGUACCGCGGCACGUUACGCACGCUGCCAGGCACGCGCCUCUCGUGGCUCGCCGAGCCCGACGCCGCGAGUCACUUCGACUACGACGCGACGGCCGGUGAGUUUUUCUUCGACCGGCACCCUGGUGUCUUUUCGCACAUCCUUAACUACUACCGCACGGGCAAGCUGCACUGCCCGGCGGAUGUGUGCGGUCCGCUUUACGAGGAGGAGCUCGCCUUCUGGGGCAUCGACGAGACGGACGUGGAGCCGUGCUGCUGGAUGACCUACCGGCAGCACCGCGAGGCCGAGGAGGCGCUGGUCAGUUUCGGCGGCGGCGCGCUACUCGAUGUCGGCGGCGGCGGCGGCGGCGGCGCGCACGAUGAAACCGAGGCAGAAGGCGGCACGCACGAGGCGCCCGCCGAAGGAGACGAGGGAGCGGAAAUGACGCGGCGCCUCGCGCACGGAGACUCACCCGAAACCCGCUCAGGCCGCUGGAGCCGAUGGCAGAGGAAGAUGUGGGCGCUCUUCGAGGAUCCGUACUCCUCCAAAUACGCGCGGUGGGUGGCUUUUGCAUCGCUGUUCUUUAUCCUGGUUUCCAUCACUACGUUUUGCCUGGAGACUCAUGAGGCCUUUAACCCCAUCAUCAACCGCACAGAGAUUGAAAUAGUGGACAAUGAAACUAUAGUGCGUGUUUACCCAGAGACCGAGACCAUGGUGCAGCUCACAUACAUCGAGGGGGUCUGUGUGAUCUGGUUCACCUUCGAGUUUUUAAUACGAGUCACUUUUUGUCCUGACAAACUGAAAUUCAUAAGAAAUGCCCUAAACAUCAUUGAUUUUGUGGCCAUUCUGCCUUUCUACUUGGAAGUGGGACUGAGUGGCUUAUCCUCCAAAGCGGCCAAAGACGUGCUAGGUUUCCUGCGUGUCGUACGUUUUGUCCGGAUUCUGCGUAUCUUCAAAUUGACGCGACACUUCGUUGGUCUGCGGGUGCUGGGACACACACUCCGUGCCAGUACCAAUGAAUUCAUCCUUCUCAUCAUCUUCCUAGCCCUUGGUGUCCUCAUAUUUGCCACCAUGAUUUACUACGCAGAACGUAUUGGAGCCAACCCUAACGAUCCCCGUGCUAGUGAUCACACACAUUUCAAGAACAUCCCCAUUGGUUUUUGGUGGGCUGUGGUCACCAUGACGACACUCGGCUACGGGGACAUGUAUCCUCAGACAACAUCGGGCAUGUUGGUGGGGGCACUUUGUGCUCUGGCUGGUGUUCUGACCAUUGCCAUGCCUGUGCCUGUGAUUGUCAACAACUUCGGCAUGUAUUAUUCUUUGGCAAUGGCUAAACAAAAACUACCAAAAAAAAAGAGCAAGCAUAUCCCACGGGCACCCCAACUGGGGUCCCCCAACUACUGUAAGUCAGCUAUUAACUCGCCAAGACCCAGCACUCACAGUGAUACCUGCCCUCUGGCCCAGGAAGAAGUCUCUGAAAUUAGAUACCAAGGUAGGACAUCGAGUACCAUACCUGUUUCACAAAGACCAGUGACUUUACCAAACAAUUUUAAAGUAAACGGAGAGCCGUCUAAAGCGGCCCUGGCCAAUGAAGACUGUCCGCACAUCGAUCAGGCUGUAUCCCCUGAGGAGGUUUUCAGCCCCGUAGACCGUGAGAGACCCUGUUUCCUGCUCACCUCUGCAGAUCGGGGCAAUCACAUAGGGGCAAGAGUCAGGAAGGGUUAUGAAAAGCCAUGGAGCCAUAGCAGCAUGUCUGGAGGCGUGGCCUCAGUGUCGGCCCUCCCCUGCAGCCCGCCCUGUCUCAUGCAGCAGGCCCACUCUCCCAUCCCAUCCAUCCUGUAGCAUGGACAAGCAAACUAACCAAUCAGAGGCUCCGCUCUGCAGCGCUGCGCUGAGAUGCCCGCCCACACUGUGUACCAUCUGUCUCUCAUCAGCCUUCAGUUCUUCAGUAUCACUUUCCAAACAUUCCCACCUUCUUCUUCUUCUUCUUCUUCUAUCUUUGUCAUCACUCUUCUGGUUCUGUUCCCUCAAACCUCUACUGACAUUGUGUUAUUUCCCAUAACAUCAUCUUCUGUACUUCUGUUUGAUUUCCUUUUCUUCUUCAUCCUGUCUUAGCUCCCAUCCUUACUCCAGGCCCCCUGCACUAUCAUGCUUUCACUUUCUCUUUCUCACCAACCCUUCUAUCCUUCAACCUCUCUUUCCCUCUUUCACUGUUUAUAAAGCUGUGGUUUUUCAUCAGGUGCUAUCGGACACCAUUUUGAAAAAAAAAAAAAAAGUGAAGAAAAGAAAAGACAAUGGCUUUUUCAUAGAGUAUUUCAUAAAGCUUUCAGAAAAUUGCCAUGGAAUUAAACGCAGUUAGUAACACUAACCAAUCAUGAUUUUAGUGAUGCACACAUCACCAACAUAAAUCUAUGACUGAAGAAAACUCAUUUGCAUUGCAUGCCUUGCAUGGGAAACUGAGAAAAACAAAUGUAAGUCUAAUAAAAUCAUGUAAGGAAAUUUUGUUUUACAUUUAACAUCCGAAGCUUCUUUACAAAACCUAAUGCAGAAACAGUAUGUUAUCAUUUAAGAUGAUAUAAAUGACAUGUAGCAACCAGAACAUUUUCUUUGCUGACAUUUUUCUUUUUUGCCUUUCCCCAAACCGUGAGCUUGUGUGCGUUUGAGCACACGCCGUAUUUCUAAUAGUAGCAGUGGUUUGGUUGAUCACUCAGCUUUUCUUCUUGAAAAAGACUAAAAUGCAAACAGUGAAAUAAUGCACUUUACCUUUGAUCAUUCUGAAGCAGACUUAUUCCACUUUACUUCAGUCAAGCUAAGGAAUUCAGAAUUCAGUGUUUAUUUUUAAACAUAAAUUCAGUUUCACCAUGGUAUUUGCAGUAAUAUUUGUUGUUCUCUGUAGCAAAGCAAAUAUAAAAACGUACUAUGUAAAAUAUACAUGUACUUCGCAGAAAAAAGAAAAAAAAAUAUGUAUGUACUUUUGAAGUUAUUUGGGGAAAGGUAAAUGCAUGCACUUUUAUGCAAAAAUAAUUAAAGUACCGUAUGCGAAUGACACUGUAAAUAAAAACAUUGCAUGAAAUAAAUUUUGUACUGAAUCCAUGUUUGGACUCUGUUUUUAUUUGACAGAACACACAUACACAUCACUCUCGUUGCCUGGCAACAAGCUCUGCACACCUCCAUUACAAUGGUUUCUCUUUGACCUUUAACCUCUUCCUUUCAUUGAAUUGUUCAGUGGUGAUGUUGGUGGUGAUGGUGAUGGUGGUAUAUGCUUGUUUCUAAAGAGCUGUAGUUGUAGUAAUGGCGCGAGAGUUGUGUCAUUGGAUCCCGUAAGAGGUCAGGAAGGUCAAAGAGGAUGUGUCCUUUAGGGGGUGUAACAAGAGAGAGAGAAAAAAAAGCAGGAGCGGUGAUGACUUUGCCCUGCUUUGCACACUAGCAUGACUCACAGCAUUUCCUGAGCAUGCGAGAAACUAAUGUGUGACGUCCUGUCUAAACCUUCAGCUCACACAGCAUGCUGAGAUUUAACAGUCUUUUGUACCAUAAUACGUGUAUAUGUGUGUGUACACUGCUGUUUUUGUGAAUGCUGCUUUCUUUGGCCAAACAUUGUGUAGCACAUGGUAAAAAAAAAAAAACAUAUCCUUUACCAUGAGUCUUUGGCAAAGCGCAUUUUCACUAGUGUCCAUUUCACUGCCUUGGACUAUCCCACUGUGCCCGCUUGCAUGGUUUUGCUCCCCGUUCCCUUCCAUCUGUCUUCUUUUUGUUGUUGUUGUUGUUGUUGUGCUUGUUUGGUGUAUUAAUAUGAUUUUUCCUUGUUGUUUGUUGUUGUUGUUUUCUCUUCUUUAUGUGUUUUUUAGAAGCCCAACGAGUGAGCCGAAGCAGACAACCAACAGAGUCAGUGUGUGUUAUGAACCAUGGUGUUCCAACCACUAUGUGUGUCAACC